ACCUCCUCUAAAAAACCAAAAUAAAAACCUUUUUUCUCUCUUCAUGCUUAGCCUAUCAUGAGCAACAUCCCUAGAUCUCUCACCGACUCAGAUCUUUCUCUAUUUACUCUCAUAAUCUCUUCUGCUGUUGAUCCUUGGCCUUUUUCUAUCACCGUUUUUUAGCAUCAACAAAACUCACCGGAAAAUCUCUAACAACCACCACCGUUUAACACUUCUCUUCCUCCUCGUCGAUCGUUUUUAAACCAAUCUUUGUGUUUCUUGUUUGGUUUUUCGGUGAAAAAGAUUCCUUCUUCUUAAUGGGUUUUGAAGAAAACCAAAAACAGAGUCCAAAACAGAGUCCGAAUCAUAUCAAGCAUAUGGUGUUCAAGUUCCACUUCCAUGUUCCUCAUCUCCACAUACUCCCUCAUCAUCACCACCACCACCACCAUGAUGUUCCUAAAGGCUGUGUAGCGAUUAUGGUGGGACACGAAGACGAUGAAGAAGGUCUACAUAGAUUUGUUGUUCCGUUGGUGUUCUUGAGCCAUCCUUUGUUCUUGGAUCUCUUGAAAGAAGCUGAAAAAGAGUAUGGAUUCAAGCAUGAUGGUCCGAUUACGAUUCCUUGCGGUGUUGAUGAGUUUAAGCAUGUUCAAGAAGUUAUCGACGAGGAGACUCAUCGCCGUCAUAGUCACGGUGGUCACGGCCACAACAACCAUAACCAUCACAACAACCAUUUGCGAUGUUUCUAAAGAUCUAUAAUUCGAUUUGUUGGUUUGGUUUGGUUUGAGAUGUCAUUGGUUUGAUUUGACAGAUUUCUCUUUUGAGAUUGAUUAGUUUGCUUAACUUUUUGCUUUUAGUUAGUUUGAUGAUGAUGAUAAAUUGAUAAUGAUGAAAAAAUCAAAAGAGCAAUUGAAUGUGAUUUUUUUUUUUUUUUUUUAAAUGUAAUCGUGAGGAAUAAGGGAAGAAUCAUAUUAUUUGAUUUUUAUUUUAUGGAAAGGAAUGUGAAUA